GUUGCCAUGUUGGAAGAGCAGCAAAAAACUUUAGUAUGAAGUUUACCAUAAUUCAGUCAGAUCAUGUCAGUUAGAUCAUCUCACCAUCUUGCUAAGUUAGAUCAAUGCAACAUCUUGUAGAUAGAUCGUGUCAUCAUCUUGUAAUAUCAUGUCACCAUCUUGUCAGUUAGAUCAUGUGACCAUCUUGUCUUUUAGAUUAUGUGACCCUGUUUUUUAAUUUUUUUCCCCAAAGUCCACCCUUUAACUUUAAAAAAAAAUAAUAAGAUGUCCAUAUUUCAGCUGGACCAGGUGAGAUUGUAUGAAGAAUCCAUGCAGCAUCUCAAUGUUAGCGUUAAGUUGCUUCAAGAGGAAAACAGGAGACUGAAACAAAGCCAGGAGUCUGACGAGUAUGAGAAACUGGUUCAGUUCAGGCAAGAACUUCACUUGCAUUUUUCAUUUCUAAAAUUUUAACGCUUUGCAUUUUACAUGCCGCUAAACAGCAGUCCCAUAAUCCACAUGAUACCUUUUGGCUUCGAUAUAAUAUAGCACCAGUAAAAAUAUGCGAAUAUUCUCCACUUUGAUGCACACUCUAUUUAAAUGAGUUUACUCCCUUCCUGUGUGGUUAACCUUCAGAUUAGAAGGAAACCAAAGCAGUUGUUUUAAUAUCUAACACUUAUUAUCAUUGGGUGACAUUGUCUGUUUAAAUCAGACCUGGGCUGGCCAUAGACAGAAUGUUAGGUAGAAAAUUGAAUGUGUAAUAACUAACAUGUUUUACCCACAGGACGUCAUUAAAAGAGAACAAAGAUUUAAAAGCAUCCAGUGUAGUGUUGAAAAACUUGUUGCUCACACAGAAAGAGGACUAUGACAAGCAGCAAAAGGUAGUGCUUGGACAUUGUUAUUGUUUUUCCUCCCCUGUUUUAUCUUUUAGUAAAAGGUAGCAUUUGUAAAUUGUCAUGUUGUCUCACCUCUUUAUCUUUAUGUAAGAGGUAAUAUUUGUAAAUUGUUUUUUUUUUCCUUACAUGUUUUAUCUGUAAAAGGGAGUAUUUUUAAAUUUUUCUCUUUUUUCUCACCUAUUUAUCACUACAGCCUCUCUCAAUUUUAAAAAAAAAAUGAAUUUAAAAUCUGGUAUAUACAGUUAAGACAGUUAUAUGGGGAGGACCAUGAUUAGGUUGAAGCAUUAUAUAACGCAGGGUUGGGAAAACCUCUGGUUUUGUUCCUAUUUAUUUCAAGUUUUCCCUAGGGUACCUUGUGUUUUAUAUUGCCCAUAGAAGUUGAAAUGUCUAUGUAUACUAUUACGGUAUCCCAAAUGUUUGACCUGCUUUAAAUAUAUGUAUGCAUUAAUUGUGUUUUCCCCAGAAACUUGAAAGUGUUCAAAAUAAAAAUCUAGAAUAUGAAAAAGAACUGGAGAUUUGUAGAGAAAGACUG